AUGGAAGAGUCCAAGGAAGUUUUGAUGGAAAGAAGGGUCUGCGAUAAGGUGAUUCGAUUUCUCCAUUGUUUUUUUGUCCUGGUUAUGGAGUACCUUACAAGGCUGCUGCUCCAAGCUUCUUGUUCGGCUAAUUUUCGAUUUCAUCCACUUUGUAAGUGCCUGGGCUUGGUGAGAUUGUGCUUUGCUGAUGAUCUUAUCAUUUUUUGCAAAGGGGAUUCCAAGGCUACUAAGGUUCUCAAGGAGGCUUUUGAUGAGUUUAGCAGUUGCUCUGGAUUGAUAGCUAAUCAGUCCAAAUCCCAUGUUUAUUAUGGGGGAGUUAAAGAAUCUGAGAAACAUAGUAUUGCUGCUUUGGUUAGCUUUGAAGAGUGGGCAGCUUUCCGCUUAAGACGAGCUCAACUUAUUCACUCGGUCCUACUUGGCACCAGGAGUUAUUGGAUGAGUAUUUUUAUCUUGCCUCAAAAGGUAGUUAAGGAAAUUGACAAGAUUUGCAGAAUAUUCAUGUGGGGUGGACAUGGAAACACUAGUAAGUUGCAGUUUGCUUCUUGGGAGUUUGAUUUCUGGGACUAUGAUGUGAAGGCGGAUGUGAGUUGGUAUUGGAGAAAACUGUUUCAUCUCAAAACCAGCUUCACUCGAGAUGAUAUCUUGGCAGCUGAUGCAAGUGGCAGAUUUCUGAUUGGUAAAAUCUAUGACAAAUUCCUUUCUCACUUUGCAAAGAGUGAGAGUUGUGGAGUAGUUUGGUGUAGAUUGGCAGUACCUAAACAUAGAUUCACUCUUUGGCAAGCUAUUAAUCAUCACCUUUUAACUAGAGAACUUCUAAGUACUCAGCGGGUUGUUGUGGAUUCUUUGGAUUGCUUUGUUUGUGGUCUUGGUAGGGAUUGUCAUGAACAUCUCUUCUUUGACUGUCUUUAUUCUAGAAAGGUUAUUCGGCAGGUUCAGACUUGGUUGGGCUCUGAGAUUUGGCCAUUGAAUCAUGCAGUCUGGCUUCAAUGA